AUGGACAAGUUGGGCCGAAGGGCCAGUUUCCGUGCAGUAGACCUCUGUGUGCGAGCUGGGAGAGUGCAGGGCACUGAUUACAGAGACGUGUACAACGAGCUGCAGGAUAAGGUGCAAUCGGCAGAGACCAAGGUGUCUGAAAUGGAGACGACCAUCGAGGAUCUGCAGUGGGACAUUGAGAAGCUGCGGAAGAGGGAGCAGAAACUGAACAGGCACCUGGCCGAGGCACUAGAGCAGUUAAACUCUGGCUAUCACGUGUCUGGUGGACCAGCGGGAUUUCAAGGUGGGCAGAUCACGCUGAACAUACACAAGUUUGAGAUGCUCAGUGCCGAGCUGGAGGAGAACAGAGAGCUGGCCAACAGCCGAAUGGCCGAGCUGGAGAAGCUGGAGCAGGAACUGCAGGAGGCCGUGCGGCAGAAUGAGAAGCUGAAGGUAGACAUGCGGAACAUCCCGGAAGAGGUGGUCAAGGAGACUCCUGAGUACAAGUGCCUGCAGUCUCAGUUCUCGCUGCUCUACAACGAGAGCCUUCAGGUGAAGACGCAGCUGGACGAGGCCCGAGCCCUCCUCCUCACCACCAAAAACACCCACCUUCGACAGAUUGAGCACAUGGAGAGCGACGAGCUGAACCUGCAGAAGAAGCUACGGACGGAGGUGAUUCAGCUGGAAGAUACGCUGGCUCAGGUUCGGAAGGAGUACGAGAUGCUGCGCAUUGAAUUCGAGCAGAACCUGGCGGCCAACGAGCAAGCAGGUCCAAUCAACCGGGAGAUGCGUCACCUCAUCAACAGCCUCCAGAACCACAACCACCAACUGAAGGGGGACGUACAGCGAUACAAACGGAAACUGCGCGAGGCCCAGACCGAGAUCAACAAGGCCCGUGUGCAGUGCUACCCGAGCCCAGCUCCCAGCAGCUCCUCUGGCUCCCCAGCCAUGUCCACCACCUACACCGCCACUGCCAACGCAGGCAGCUCGACCUCUACCACCACCGCUGUCUCUGUGGAGGAGAUCAAGGAGGAGGAGGGGACAGAGGUGAAGAAAGAAGCCAAGGAGUGCCCUUCUGCUGCCCCGCCUGCCGUCACCGUCAAAAAGGAGAAGGAGGAAAAGGAACAGGCCGAGAGUAAGGAGGAGGAGCCCCCGCCCCCGGUCAGGAGAGACCCCGACAAACCCAAAACCAAGGAGAGGGAAAGGGACAGGGAGCCCGAACGGGAGAGGGAGCGCGAGCGUGAUCGAGACCGGGAGCGGGACCGGGACAGGGAUAAGGAUCGCGAGCGGGAGAGGGAGAGGGACCGGGAUCGGGACAGGGACCGCGAUCGGGACAAGGAUAAGGACAAAUCCAAGACCGACGACAGCAAGAAGAAGGACUCUGACGUUCUGAAGCAGCUCAAAGUGGAGCUGAAGAAGGCCCAGGAGAGCCAGAAGGAGAUGAAGCUGCUGCUGGACAUGUACAAGUCGGCCCCGAAGGAGCAGCGCGACAAGGUGCAGCUGAUGGCAGCUGAGAAGAAAGCCAAGGCUGAGGUGGAGGAGGUGAAGCUGAAGAUCAAAGACAUGGAAGACAAGGAGAAGCGGGAGAGUAAGAAGCUAGCAGAUGAAGACGCUGUGAAGAAGAUCAAGUUCGCCGAGGAGCAGAUCGAGCACCUGCAGAAAAAGCUGGCAGCUACCAAGCAGGUGGGCAGGGGGAGAUGGGGUCCGAUCGGCCUGGGCCCAGUGAAGGGGCCACAGGGGCACUUGUGGCCCCAUUGCCCUCAUGCUUGCGCCUCCUCCUGCCCUUUUCCUGGUGUUUCCCGGGUUGCCCGCCCCAGCUCGCGCUCUGCCUCCCUCUUUUACGUCUUCUGCUUUGUGUGCUAACUCUUUCCUGUCCCGCCUCACCCUCACUUGCUGCAUGAUAUCUUCAUCUCCCUCUGCCUCUGCCUCUCUCUGCCUCCCUGUCUCUAUCUGUCACAUGCUCUCACUCUCU